CUAUUCCCCUGGUUCAUCGUUCAUCCCACGGUCUUUCUUAACUGCUGAGAUUAGUGGAGUGUGGAGCCCUGCGGGCUGCUCUUCCUGAGUGACCUGAUGCAGAGGAAGACACAGCCACACCACACGGCCUUGACGCUUCUCCCAGCAGCAAACCAUUACAGGAAAAGGGCAAGAGUCUAUGAGUCUGCUGCGCUCUUUGUGGAGAUCCAUGGAGACAAUCAAUACAACCACCCUGCAAAAUGCCUCGACCACAGAUGACUGCAACAUGCACUGCAGAAUGAUUCUGAUAACACUGUACAGCGUGGUUCUGCUUGGAGGCACCACCGGAACUAUCAUCAUGUCACGUAUGAUGGUCAAAAGGCAUAGCCAAUCAAUUAUCGCCACCAUCGUCUUCAAUAUCAUAGUGCUGCACUGCAUCCUCCUGGCCAGCCUGCCAUUCCGCCUCAGCUAUUAUGUUUCAGUCUCCUGGAAAUUUGGGCCCUUUACCUGCCGGGUGGUUAGCAGCGUCAUAUACGGUCACAUGUACCUCACCUUUGUUUUCUACACGGCCAUCAUCAUAGUCCGAUUACUCAUCUAUUUUAAGAAACUCCAAAUGCAACAGUUACAAAAGUACCAUGCAGUAGUUUUAAGCAUUGUUAUUUGGAUGGUGGGUAGCCUUAUUUUUUUGCCAGUAUUCUUUUUACAAUAUGGAACAGACCCAAGUUACUCCAAACAACGCUGCUUUGAGUUCCACAGAGAUCUCGAACGUGACGAGUUCAUUACCAUGAACUACUGCAUGAUCGUUGUUAUGAUCACGACAGUUGUGACCCUCUUUCUGCUACAGAUGGCUGUCAUCAUUCAACUGACAAUGGCCCUUUGGCCUGACAUGUGGGCCCAUCAGGAGUUUAGAGCCCAAAUCAAGAGUUGCUUUUUCCUCCUGGUAAUAGUUGUUUGUUUCAUCCCUCACCACGCAUUCCGAGUGCACUUUAUCCAAAGGUGGAAGGACAAUUCCAAGCUCGUUCUUUAUAACGAAGUUUGCAUUGCUUUAACCACUGUCUGCUGCCUAGAUAUGCUGUGUUUCAUCAGUGGAGUUACCCACUGAAUAGCCCUUGGUUGCUGGCUUCACCAUCAGUUUUCUCAGCAUAUAAUGUAAUAACUUCAUGGAAAUGGGCUCUGCUGUGAUAUCAACACGCGCCAACAUUUUUCAAAUACCACGCUCUUAACUGUCAUUGACAUUUUUUUCACCAAAAUGAAAAAAAAAAAAAAAGUGAUGAGGAUUGACUAUUCUCCUCCUUACAAAACCAUCAUCAGAUCUCUGUCACCACUGCAUGUGUUCAAGCUCGUGGCCCACACAAACUGGCCACAUCCUCUCUCCCAGGGUCAACACCUACCUUUUUUGUUUUGUGUGCUGCUCACAGAUUAGUUUCCAGGUACUUUUCAGAUGUUUGCUCUCAUUGAUUCUGAUCCUGGAAUUUUUUUCCCUUCAUCUCCAAACCAUCUUGUUCUUCAAGAUCCAGAAAAACUUAAGGUAGAAGAUCUACAGCUUUACUGAGCUCUAGAAAAGCCUUAAUUUAUUCAACAUGGCUCAACUUAAGAAAGCUGCCUCUUGAAAAUUACUAACUGCAAAUAAAGCUACAAUUGCUGACUUUAGUAUUUGGAAGCAAGCAUUAGCUCAGAUAAGGUAGUCAACAGAGUAGAGGAAACUCUUAGAGUAGUGACUAGGCAUUGAUGUAGUUUGAUUCUGAUUAAGGCACAGGAUGAAGCUGAGGUCACCUGCAGACCCACCUUCCCAAACAUGGAUCCAUUAAACAUUAACAGAAAUUGCAAACAGCAGCUAAAUGUCGUUUAGGGUUUAGCUUAGACAAGUGCCAAUAGACAGUA